CGCGAGCUUCCGCCCAUUCCGGCUUCGUCCAUUGCGACGCUACACACAUCUUUUCGUUCCAGUCAUGGCCUACAAUCGAGAAUGGGAUAAUGGAAAAGGUUCUUGGGAUGAUGGCGAUUAUGAUCAAGACGGUGGGUGGUACGACAGCGAGAAUCGUUACCACCGCGAAGGCAGGAAACGAAAAUGGAACAGCGGAUACGAGGAUGGCGGGCAGGGUUGGGACGAGGGCGCGUAUGACUACGGCUACGACAACUAUGACUACGAUUCGGGAUACUACGGUUACGAGCAACAUCAAUCAUCUUCCCGAGGAGGCUAUGCUGGUGGCAGAGGCGGCGGCGGCGGAGGCGGCAGCAGCAGAGGAGGAGGAGCAGGUGGUGGUGGUGGUGGUGGAGGCGGAGUUGGCAAUGCUGGCGGAAACGACUUCCAUGCCAACAAAAAGCGAAUGGUGGCCAGUGAACCGAGCGCGCAUGUCAUCUUCCUGGGCCUCGACAAUGACUUCACAGAAGCCGACUUGCAGGCGUAUUUGACCAGUCAAGGCUGUCAGCUCGAGACUGUCACUAUCAUCCGAGAGAGAUCAACAGGCGCAUCCAAGGGCUUUGGUUUCGCCCAGUUCGCGUCAGUGGAGCACGCGCGAGCAUUUGUGGACCCCUUGUUUCCAUUCAUCCAGGUACCUCCGCCAGCCUCACACGGCGCUUCUGCAACCCAGGCAUACUACAAAGCCCUCGAGACAGGCGCGCCACAUAGUGGCCGACGUGUCAAGAUCGAUUAUUCGCAGAGCGCGAACCCAGGCGACAAGAAUAAGUUUGGACGUCCGGCACACUCGAAUGACGGGACUCGCGAUAUUGGGAACUCUCAGUCCCCGAUCCUAUUGUUCAGAGGUUUGGAUCCGCUCUCGGGCCCACAGGCGAUAUGUCAAGCGAUGAAAGGGUCAUCGGGAGCAGGAAAGGAAGGCGCGAAGGGUAUGAAGAGGAUCAUUUUGAUCAAAGACAAGGUGACAAUGUCGAGCUGGGGGUUCGCGUUCGUGGAGUUCGUUGACGUGCAGUCGGCGUCAGCGGUUUUGGCUGCUACCAUGUCUCCACAGAUACAUCCAAAUGGCUUCCGCAUCUCCGAACGACCUGUGGCGGCGUCAUUUGCUCAUAUGUACUCCUUCCAGCUGCUCUCGGAUCCCAUGCAGCGCGAUGAAGGCUCCAUACCUUCCUCGACGAAUUUGGGUGGUGUAGAAGGUGGCUGGGUGCGAUACUGGGACGAAGCAUCGACGGUCGCCAUGUUGGAGUUCAAUGUGGUGGAACCAGUCACGCAGCAGGCGCACGUAGCCGCGUCAAAGGAGAAGAAGAAGAAGCCGAAAGCUGCCGAACCCGAAUCUGGUCCAUUGGCACCCGCCGAACCUUCCGCCCUUCCAGUUUCCGACAAACCGGUCAUGCUGAGCUUCAAGGGUUCUUUGGCCCCUAACAAGACAAAUGCAGCUACAACAGGCAUGCCGGUAGCGAAACCGAAGGUGGCCGCUCCUUUGACUCUAGGUUUCUCCAUGAACGAUGAUCCCGCGGCUGGUGAAGACGCGGCAGCGGAGAAGGCAGAAGCCGCUGAAGAUCCCAAAGUCGCUGCUGCCAAGAAGGUUGCGCCUAUGAUAGCCAGCAAAAAGACGGCCAACAACAUCAAUAAAUGGAAUCAAGUUCAAGAAGUUCUCAGCACUCCAUCUGCCUCUACUUCCACACCUGCCACCGCUCCAGUCGCAGCACCACUGGAAACCGUCCACAAGUCUGUAACACCGGAAACAGCCAAGGUGCAGCCGAAACCCAAAGCAGAGACGCCACUUCCUCCAGAAACGGACUUCGAGUUUUCAGACACGGUCAAAUUCACGUGUCUGCUGUGUGCGAGGCAAUUCAAGUCGUUGGACCAGCUGAAGAGGCACAACAAAGAGUCUGAUCUGCACAAGAAGAAUUACAAGGAUGCAAACCUCCGCGACGUCGCUCGCGAGAAGGCCACCGCAGCGAAGGCAGCAGCUUCAAACCCUGCACCCGACUCAUCAAAGCCAGAACAACCGAAAUACCGCGACCGCGCUUUCGAACGCAGAAUUAUGCACAAUCAACCCGAUGUGCCACUUCCAGAUCCUUCGGGUCACGCUGACGAAGGCAAGCGCAAGGCGAGGAAGGCUGAGGGACCACCGCCACCGCCGAGUCCACCUCCACCGCCUGUGGCGCCAGGCAAGGACGAGAGUAAUGUGGGGAAUAAGUUGUUGAAGAUGAUGGGGUGGACGGAGGGCACGGGACUGGGGAUCUCUGGGGAAGGCAGAGUUGAGCCGAUCCAAACACAGAUUUACGCGUCCGGAGUUGGACUCGGCGCGAGCAAGGGCGUGGAGGUGGGCAAGUACGAGCCGGGAUACACUGGAUACGUGCACAAGGCGCAGGACGCGGCUAGGGAGCGGUAUGGGAACUAGGUCAGAUUUCGUCUGGGGAUUGCUCUUUUGUCGAGCUGGGCUGGACUGUCGCUGAGGUUUGGUCCGUGCAGGCUUUUUGCCUUGCGAGACUUUUAUGCUUUUAUCUUUCAUCUUAUGUUCCGUCGUUUUUGUCCAUAUGCACAUCCUCACUACAUUAUUCGCAUGGUGCUGAUUCAGAAGAAUGGUCGUCUGUUUUUCGUUUCAAUGAAACAGAAUCAAUAUUUGGUGCCUGGGUAUGGUAAUGAGUUGUAUAGCGAGCGUAGUACUAAGCGAGUGCGUGCGUGCGAGCUAAGAGCUACAGGCAGUAUAUGAGAGUAAGAGACGACACGAUGAGACAAGACUAGGGUACGAUAUGAAGCGACAUGGAACAAAGAAGCGAAAACCACAGAAGACGGCAAAGUCGUCGUGCAAGCACAGAGCGAGAUGCCUUUCCACCGUGGAUUGACACUCCUUGAUCCAUAUUCGUCUCGAGGUUGACCAUCUCAGAAUGUCAUGACGAACAGAAGCCCGGCGACGAGGAAGAGAGGAGUGCUGAGGAUGGCUGUGCUUUGCGCUCCGCUGGACGAGGUACUGGCGGUCGAGGACGAAGCGCUGCCAGUGGAAGUGCCGCUUCCGGAGGAACCGGAAGAGGCGGCGGCAGCGAGGGUGGAGGUGACGACGGCGGAGGUGGCGGAGACGGAGGCCGUGGCCGUGCCUUCUUCAACUUGGAUGUACGUCCCGGCGAUGGGAGAGCCGAGGUUGCUGGUCGAGAGGUAGUCAGUCAGGUUGAAGACCGAAACGCCUACGUUGGCCGAAGAGAGGUCGGAGGGAGGGCUGAAGUUGUCGCCUUGGGUAAGGAGGAGGAUCACAUAACGGUGGGCACCUGAGCCCGAAGCGGGGCCCGGACCAGCGUAGUCCGUGACAGCGGUAGCACCAUCCGUCGAAAGUGUGUACGGAGCAGAGUCACCAGAGAGGGAAGCGCCGUUGACGAGCCAGUGGCGGGUCUGCCCUGCCGACUCGUCUGUGCCGACGAUGUCAGCGUCAGCCAUGACGACGGUGUACUUCGAGGAGGUCAGGUCGGUGAUUGAGCUAUUGGCGGGGGUGAUAGUGAUGCCAGGCGCGUUUGCGACCUGAUCUUUGGACAACAACUGGCCGGGCGAGAUGGCGCCGACUGAGUCGUACGUCAAGUUCAGGAUGCUAGACGGGUCAAAGGUCGCAAGGAGGGAGGGGACGAGGCCAGCAUUCGUGAAAUGAGCCUCGAUGGCCUCAAUCUGGAGCGUGCCAUCGCUCGAAUUGGACUGAGCGGCGACGAAGGAGGCUGAGGCGAGAGAAAGAGCGAGCGUGAGGGCGGAGAACAUCGUGAGGAUUGAAAGAGCGAAGGGAGCAAAGAUGAAAGAGGAAGAGUUGAUGGUGAUGGUCA